AUGAUGAACAUUCCAGCCCACAUUUCACCUACUUUGUGCCUUGGACGGACAUUUGACAGUGAAACACUGAGCGCACGCGCAGACAUAUCAUCAAGCAAUGAUAAACCACCUAAAUCGAUGAACAUCAACAAAUUCUCCUUUAAGUACCAAGUGGUAAAAAGCAGCCAAGAUGUCAACAACUUACUGGACAUAUCUGGUGAGCUGUCCUUACAAAUCAAAGCCAAACUGGUGAAUGUGAAAGGGGCAUGGCAAUAUCUUAAAGAGAACAAAGUCCAAGAAGGAAGGACCAACCUUCUAGCUGUCAUGAAAUGUACCACGGUAAUGUAUGUUUUUUCCUUGAAAACCCGAUGCCGACAUUUGCAAAUCUUCGGCAAAACCUAAGCUUUUAAAAAUUGUAAUGAACAAAUAUUGAUAACCAAACCAACCUUACCCCUGGUUAAGUGAUUUCUAAUCUCUUGGCUCACGGCUCACGACUGCAUUAGUCCUGUUGGGAUAUUGUCGAUUAAAUCUCUGUUACUAGCCAACAUAAACGCGGGGUCUUUGGUUUUUGCUCAGAAAAAGGGGCCCUGGCCUCAUUUCUAAUACGAAAAACAAUUUUCGUAGCGGUAUACCUACUUAAUAUACUUAAUAAAGGAGAACAGUCACAAUUACAGAGGAGUGUAUUUAAACACUGACGAGCCUCAUGGACAGGGAGAAUGAAGACUAGAUAAUCAUACAUCUUUUUGUCAAGAAAACCAAACGUUUGAGUAUAAGCCAGAGAGAAAAGGAGAUGUGGAGACUAACAUCAAAGGGUUGCAUAUUGAGACUAGUUCAAACAUUGUUAUUAGGCUUGAGAAUUAAUCAAAUACUCGAAGAUGUGCUAAAUAUGCAUAGUGAUGUUAGGAUGUAAAGGGCAAAGUUAAUGCCUUUCCCAGUUUCAAAUUAUUACUACACAGCUAAAUUUAAGAUGCCAAUUGUAUUGUCAUGAGCUUUGGACAUCAAAUACUCGAAGAUGUGCCAAAAUUAACGAUGUUUAUCAUGUCAAUCCCUCAGCUUGUUGAGACAAUCGAAGACCCAUUGAAAGUUAGAGAUGACGUUAGCAGCGGUGAAUUUCUUCAUUCACUUGGUACACACUACGUAAGGAGUGUUACGUAUGGAUUCGAAAUGGUUGCCAGCCUGACAUUCAAGUCAUCAUCAGAGUCAUCAAGGUACGCCUAACAUUGAUAUUUACCCCACAUAACGAGCUAUUUUUAUGUAAAAACUUUUUUAUGAUGAAAAUAGUAACAAAUCCUCCUGCUUUCAGAGGCUGUUUUUACCCGUAUAGACACGAGUUCUUAACCUCAAAAUUUUGAGCUUCCGGUAGCAGGUUUGAUUUUCCUUAUGGGAAAUGAUCGAUCAGAAAUUGAACAACGCUUUUUUGUAUUUAUUAUAUAUAUACAUAGGAACCAAAUAAAAGGAAGAGCUGAAGGAAAACUAGGUGUCAGCGGAGGUGCUGAUGUAGGACUUAAGGCUGCGUUACACAAACUUUCAACAGAAUGCAGCAAUGUAUCCGACAUCUCCAUCAGAUAUUACGCCACCGACCUACCAGACCAACUACCAACUACAAUGGAUGGACUUGUGUCACUGAUUGAGGAUUUCCCUUCCCGACUGAAGGAUAUUAAUGACGGUAAAGGAAUUCCUAUGCAGGUACGAUUCCCAUAUAUUUAACAAAUAGAUUCCAAGUUGCCGUGCGUCUGUUCAGUAAUAGAUCACAUUUUGACGUCAUCUGUGAUCUAUUACUGAACAGACGCACGGCAACUUGGAAUCUAUUUGUUUUAUGUAAUAAAGAAUUAAAAUAUAAGGAAAAAAGUUUUAACGAUGACGUCAUCUAUACGUCUGUCCUCCAAUAGAUCAUAAGUGAGAACCAAUCAUGCAUGCAUAACUGAGUCAAUCAUGCGUGCAUAACUGAACUUAUUAUAUAAAUAUAUAUAUAUCUAUUUAUAUAUAAUUGUGGGAAAUUGUAGCAAAUGCUGUUGGAAAGUGCCCAAUACACACGAGUAUAGAGCGAAAUACAGUUCAAAAUGACUAAAAUAAACACGCAUGAUUCCCUGUAACUCUGAGUUUCCUCUUAAAAUCUUGACUGUAGAUCGUCAGAAAAUCUGUCUGAUGAUCGCGUAAGCGUGAAACUCACGUCACAGAAAAGUUUUCUUACUGACUUGUCCAACUUCCAGAUAUACAUAUAUAUAUAUAUAUAUAUACAUAUAUAUAUAUAUAUAUAUAUAUAUAUAUAUAUAUAUGUAUAUAUUUAUAUCAUGGGAUUUUAUAAAAUUUGAUAAAUCCCCUGAUGAGUGAGCAAUCACGAAAGUAUAGUCUCUGUUUUUUCCCCGCUAUCUCAAUAUAUAUAUAUAUAUAUAUAUAUAUAUAUAGAGAGAGAGAGAGAGAGAGAGAGAGAGAGAGAGAGAGAGAGAGAGAGAGAGAGAGAGAGAGAGAGAGAGAGAGAGAGAGAGAGAGAGAGAGAGGGAGAGAAAGAGAGAAUUUACCAAAAAUAUCUGGCAUUUGAUUAACAAAUAAAGAAGCCAUCUCUGUGCUCUGUUGUAAAGCCGUAGGAAAUGGCUAUAGAGCAAAACAAUUGUCCGGGGGGAAACACACGAGACGUAGUUUAAUUACCAUACGUACUGAAGCUUAUCACAAUGCAACCGAGUAACUGAGUGAAAACCUUCAAAACUCGGACAGUCUAUUUCGUUUUCUCCCAGAUGAUUUUUGUCUCUACUCACCUUAUGAUUUCAUGUUUACUAACCUUUGUUUAUAUUUAAGUCCACAUGGCGAUCAGGUGGACACUCAGACAUGGUUUGAUGCUACUCUGGUUUAAAGAUUUAUUGACCGAGAAGAUUGAAGAUUACAACCGAGUAGUUAUAAUUCAUUGAAAUUUAAUAAGUGUAACCGAGAAGUUACAAUUCAGAGACCCAACGUUUCAACACUCCUAAACCAGUUACAACUAGUAACACCCUUAAACCCAUUCAGGGUUUUACGGAACCCAUAAAGAAAAGUUUGAAUUGCUAUAACGUUAAAGUUACUCAAAAACUUUUUUUAGACUUUAAGGUACUGAUACUUUUGCCAAACCUAAGGAUCCUGUCACUAAAGAACAACGAAUCGACGCUAUUGGUCAUAUUCCGUGCAAUGAAUGUGAUCACGAGUAUAUCGGACAGAUCAAGCGACAGUUUAGUACACGUUUGAAAGAGCAUCAAAAAGCGGUCUUCUUUUGCGAAAAAGGAAAUUCACCUUUGUCAGAGCACACAUGCCUAACCAACCAUGCAAUUGGGUAGGAUAAGUCAAAAAUUGUUACCACUAAUCGACGUUACAACCAGCGCCUUUGUUUGGAAGCCUGGCACAUCAACUCUGUCCACGCUUCUUUAAAUCGUGAUGAUGGCGGCCGACUUCCUGACAGAUAAUUUAGUGUUAACAACUAAGUUGAAAACGUAAAUUAGCCACCGUAAAGGGUAAAAAAGCUGACGUUUCGAGCGUUAGCCCUUCGUCAGAGCGAUUGGAGGAAUUGUGGGUUGUGUGUGGGUUUUUUUUUUUUUUUUUUACCCUUUUACGGUGGCUAAUUUACGUUUUCAACUCAGUUGUUAACACUAAAUUACCUGCUUCACUCUCCCACCGACGCAACACCACAGUUUCUCUAGAAACUUACCCCUUUAUUAUUGACUACCUGACACCGGUUAUAUUCAUUAAAUCGUUAAACCAGAGUAGCUUCAAGCCAUGUCUAACCAUUUUUUAGUUCUUCUGUUACUACUGUCCAACUCGUUUUUUCCGACCGUUUAUCUCCUUGUAAUUUGAGUUUUUACCCACAGGUUACUUUGCAUCAAUUGGAGCCUAGAGCUCGUUUUCAUGUUCGUGUUACAGGUCAUGCAACGGAGAAAAGCUAGUCGGACAUAUCUACAAAUUUGAGGGCGCGUUAUAUCCGAACUUUAUUACGAUAUAUAAAGGGGUUAAGUUUCUAAAGAAAGUUUCCGAAACUGGCCGAAUUAGUACUCACACUCAAUUGCUUUUCAUUCGGUGGUAACUACUACAAACAAACUAAUGACGUGGCCAAGGGUACUAAAAUGGGACCCAGCUACGCCAAUCUUUUUGUAGGUUUUAUCGAACAUCAAUUUUUUUAUUCAAUACCACGGCCCAAAACCUGAACUCUACGGCCGUUACAUUGACGAUUGCAUCGGCGCUACCUCCUCAACCAGAGAGGAGCUCACUCAAUUUAUAACUGCCGUUAAUUCCUUUCAUCCGGCUCUUAAAUGUACCUGGGAAAUUUCCGACACUUCUUUGGCUUUUCUAGACAUCAAAAUUUCAAUUGAAGGCAACGGUUUAUGCACUAGUGUGUUCUACAAACCUAAAGAUUAACAUAGUUACUUAUUGUAUUCACCUUCACAUCCAUCACACGUCAAGAACUCCGUACCUUUUUCACAGUUUCUCAGACUUCGUCGUUUAUGUACUGACAACUCUGAUUUUUCCGAAAAAUCAGAGGCAAUGUGCCAGUUUUUCGAUAAACGUGGCUAUCCUGUUUCUGUCAUUCAAGCGGGUCACCACCGUGCCCAACAAAUUGAUCGACAGACAGCACUACAAACGGCUGAGAAGGAAAACACCGACCUCAUUCCAUUUACAUUUCACCCUCACAACCACGCAGUUCAAUCUAUCAUUCUUAAAAAUUUUAAAUUACUCCAAAACGAUUCAGAGCCUGGCACUAUCUUUUCGCAACCCCCACUUAUUUCAUUCAAACGUGACAAAAACGUAGGCAACGUUUAAGUCAGGAGUUCUUUCAAACCAAUGACCAAUCUGGAACUUUCAAAUGCGCUCGCUCACGAUGCAAAACUUGUUCUUUCAUUCACAACGUAGAGAAAAUAUCGCGACCGAAGAGAUCCAUUAAGAUCACUGAUCACUUUACGUGUACCUCCACCAAUGUUAUUUACUGCAUAACUUGCACUUAUUGCAAUAAGUUUUACAUCGGCGAAACAGGAAGACGACUAGGUGACCGAUUCCGAGAAAACCUUCGCGACGUGGAAAGAAAUGUCAAGGACGCAUCCAGACCAGUCACUAGACUCUUUAAUCUUCCUUAUCAUUCUAAACAGCAUAUGGCAGUCUGCGGCCUCUCCUUACAUCUAGGAAGUUCGGAAAGCCGUAAAACACUAGAACAAAAAUUUAUCUUCCAAAUCGGCACCCUUAAUCCCCACGGAAUCAACGAGCGCUUUUCAUUCAACUAAUUUAUUCCUCGUCACCAUAUUCCCACCAAUGGCAUAGCUCCACUUUCUGCAUAUAAACUCACACACAACCAACAAUUCCUCCAAUCGCUCUGACGAAGGGCUAACGCUCGAAACGUCAGCUUUUUUACCCUUUACGGUGGCUAAUUUGCAUUUUUAACUCAGUUGUUUACACUAAAUUACCUGCUUUAUUAUAAAAUAAUUUCAAUCGACAGUCCGGGCCAUAGACAGUUUUGUCUAUACUAUUUCCGUUGGUAUGAUUGGUCUAGACUAAACCAAAAAAACUGAGGUGACCUAGGGAGGAUUGGACUUAUUUAUUUCUGUAUUACGAUACUGUAAAUCUAAUUGACGACAGACAUGUCAUCUUUAUCCUCGCGUCCCGCUAUGUGUUGCUCGUACACGUAUUUUUCUCAAAUUCUAUCUGUUUCCGGUGAGAUGUCUAAAAGACACCGUAGUUUUUCCCAAAAAAAAUCGUACAGGCCUCAAAUUUACAUGAUACUGAUAGCAUGUGUGUCCUCAACCCUCCCAAAUAAGUCAUCGCAGCUCGACUCUAAAUUGUGAUUUUUCCCAGACAUUUCAACCGACACCAUUUAAACUGCUACUGACGCGAAGCUCUUUGUGUGCUUUGUCAAGUGCCGAGGGCCAUUGAUAUCAGAGGCAAAAAAUGCCUAAGCUUUUAAAAAUUGAACCCUGACCCCUUGUUUCAGCAGGAAGUCAGUGUAAGGACAAAACUGUCUAUGGUCCGGACUGAUCAAUUGUUAUCAUUUUUUUCCAUGUUAAAGGGUGACUGACGCCAAAUUUUUCUCAUUUUUUUGUCCUAAUACAUUCCUCUUAGGUUAAAGAAUCCUAAAUGAGCAGAUUAAUGAUAUACUGGACAAAAUCAAAUUUUCGAAAUUUUUUUACGCUUAAUCGACGGCCAUUUUGAAAAUGGUCCGAUUUAGGCACGUGAUGUGAUACGUCACACGUGUGUAAGGCAGUGAAAAGCGUCAUGUCAAGACCUGAAAGUAACAACUUCGUCCCAGUUGUUCAGCUGCUGCCUAAAUUUACGAGCGGAAAAAAGAUAAGAUUUGUUCCAUUCUGUAAUAGGCCACCAUUUAGAGACUAUGAAAUACGAAGUGAUAAAUAAAAUAACUAAGGCUGAAUAAUCGAAACGCGACGGAUCGCAUGUCUGUAUCAGAGCCACAGGUAAUUUGCUCGCCAUUCCAAACAGCUGUAAAAAAAAUACAUGUUCCUAUAAUUUUUCCUCUUAACCAUUAUCGAGUCCAAGCCGAAGAGUAUUUGACUUUUGAUUUUGUCCGGUGUACAUCACUGUGACCUCAGGCCCAUCAGUGAGCGUGCAAAGUGUUGUCGCGUAUUUUGGGAGGUCGUCAUUUGGUUUCGUGAACGGAACUCUUCUUCCACGUUCCAGGAAUGUACAAGAUUUAUCCUUUUUUUUUAACGGAGACUAGUGAGCAGCGCAAAGGAAGACUUCCUACUGUUGUAACUUUUUUUUAAUUUCUUUUGAAGCGUCUCGUCUCCAGCUGAGAGUUCUCCAGGAAUGAUUACAACCAACACUGAGCAGCAUAUAUAGUACAUUCGCGUGCCUAAGUUUAAUUAACUUCCAAUGGAAGUGAAAAUAACGCCACAAUCAAGCGUUGUUUCUCAUUUGCGAGAAAAUUCUUGUCCGAAAGGUUACUCGUUUCAAAAAUGUACCAAUGUCAGCUGAGUGAACAGUAAAUUAUUCGCGCUUGUUUAUCGCUAAUAAAAUAAGGUGACAGCCUGAGAGAGGAAACCAUUAAAACACGGCUAGUCAUGGGACUACCUUACACCCACCGUUUAAAACGCAGUGCUUUGGUACAAAAAGGGAACCGAGUCCGCUACAAACUCGUGCUACGGAAGUAACAAUCACGUAAUGUUUCUUAAAUUGUGAUCUGAACUUAAAAAAAUCAAAAACAAAAACAAAAAAAAAAAAGGAAAAAAAAAUAUAUAAUAAAGUUCGGAUACAACGCGUGCUGUCAUUGGUUGAAAGAGCGUGCUCUAUGAGAGUAUAGAGCAUAGAGCUGAGCUAAAGCUAUCACGCCAUCUGCCACAUUGUACUAUAUUUGACCUUUUCCGGAACUUCUCUCUGGCUUUUUUUCGUUAAUUGAAAGUGAAAUUUCGGAACAAGCGAGCCGGUAAGUAGCAAUAGAAGAAACAAACAAAUGUUUGUAAAAAGGCCAGGCGCCGUAAUUUACCUAUUAUAACAUGAGCAGAGACGAAAAUCCUCAAGGAGAAAACGAAAUGGACAGUCCGAGUUUUAGAGGUUUUCACGCUUAGUUAGAUUGCAAGCUUAUGUAGAGUAACAAAAAUCAAACACAGCUAACCUUCUUAUAGUAAGUAAAGUUUCGUGAUCAAAAACAAAACAGAAAAAAACAGGAAUGAUGGAAAAUAUAACCAAACUGGUAUAACCGUUAAAAUUCAUACUAAUCAUGCCGGUGUCAGAGCGACUGCGAUCACGCUGAGGUCCAUCGCGGUUUGCUCAUCAUGGCGAUCUUCGGUCAUCGCAGUGAAGCAAGCCUCAGGAACUACUACGGCACCCUUCGAGUGAAAAAAUAAGAGCUUGCUCUGAUAUCCUUUCCGAUGCGUUGAGUGGAGGGCCACAUCAGUCACUGCAACCGAGUGUCACGGCUGUCAUCCCGAUCGAUCUUUAUGUUCCGAUGAAUUCGGCUGUCGUUCAUUCAUAAAAUACUCGCCUUGAACUGUUUGCUUUCUACUUGUCUUGGGAAAAACUUGCGUGUUUUUAUGAGCCACAAUUCUGUCGAGUUUCACAGAACAUUUCACUUUCAGAUUCUGUAUUGGAGCCUAAAAAACUUCAGGCAGAAGUGUUAAAUUCGAAAUAUUCAAGUUUUUAAACUUUUGCAGAAUGAGAACUUUGAUGGUUUGACAUUUUUGACAGCUUUAGUCUUGUACAGCCAAUCAGACUAUUUGAACCAUUCUAACAGGGAUUCUGAUUGUCUUAUUGUAGCGUGCUUUAUGAGAGUAUAGAGCAUGCUGACGACACUGUUGUUCGCUUUAGAAAUAAGGUUUGUUUUGAAAAUUUAAAGUAAUGCUUGUGAGCUUGCUUGGGAAAUUUAACAGAUUCUUUAUUUUAAAAAAAAAGAGAAGCCUUGACUGUGCUCUGUUCUAUUCUAAAGCACUUAGGAAGCGGCUAGAGCACUCAAGAAGUAGGGAGAAACACGAGACGUAGUCGUGUGUUUCUCCUUACGCUUCUUUCGUAAGCCCGUGUGCCGCGGCCGCCUCAAUCAAGAAAGCGGCGUAGGCGGAAUGUAAAUGCACUCAUCAUUCUCGCUUUCUUGAUUGAGGCGGCCGUGGCGCACGGGCUCUUGAUCCUCUUCUGACUCUUGCGCUCUAUUUUAAGUUACGUUCGUCCUGGCGGUUUAAAUUUCCAGGGCCUGAUUUCACCAACAGAUGCAUAAUCUCUUUUAUCAUGUUCACCUUCCAUCGAGGCCUCAAAAUCAAAAUAAUCAGACCCCCAAAUAAAACUGCUUUUACUCGAAGUACCAUUUGCUAUAUGGGUCAGGUCAGACAUUGUGUCUGCUACUGGUACCAUGUAACCCAGUACAACCUGCCGCAUGAACGGGUGGUCGGCGUCUAAGCUAGCUCCCCACACCAGCUUUUUUUUUGGUGCAGGACUAAAAACAACACCUGCUAAACGGCGCAUGAGCUCCUUGUGAGCCAUCAGCCAUCAUGCAAGGCGGUCCUGAUAGUCAACUCGGUUCCAGCUCCGGCAACGGUAGUCCUGACAGUUAAUUCGGCUUCAGUUCUGACAGCAUGCAACGAGCUUCUCUGCGACCAUCUCAGCUUUGCUGUGUUGUCGAUCAACAGAGUUCCUCGCCAAGGGACGCUGCCCAUGCGCCAAGCAGUGUCGACAUCAUAGGUGCAGCCCCACAGUUUUAAUAGAAGUAUAGACAAGGAGUGAAGAUAUGACUACCGCAUACGGGGGAACCGAUGCGCCACUCGAUACGGCGGUAGCGACAAGUGGACGAAGUCCGUAUACUGCUGCUACCGCAUCCGGGGAAACCGACGAACGACACCAUCUCCAGGCCGACCCAAGCUUCGGUUCAAGGACACCUGCAAAAGUGCUUUGAAGUGCGAUCAUGUCUUAGAUCAGUGGCUUUCAACCGUGAGCAACAGAGCCGAAUGGGAGAGACUCAUAAGGGUAGUCUGUUACGCAUACAACUCUAAGAGGGUCCAGGAUUAUGAAAAAAAAAAGGCUCGACGUAGAGCUGAACAGAGGAAAACUGUGGAUAUACCCAUGUUCGGGCUAAAGGCGUAUUAUUAUUAUUUGCCAUAUUUACUUUACUUAUUGUACACACGUAUGACGUGUAAGGUCACGUGAUCAAAAUCGAGACGUUUACGGCGGAUGACUCGCAAAGCUGCAUUUAGGACAGUUUUCCCAGCGAGAAAAGCACAGAGAGGCAUACGAAGCACCUUGUAUCUGUUUCAAUGUGUUACCCAAGGCAUUUAGAUGGUAUUCCAAAAAAAUGACUUGUUACCCGUCAGUUGCCCUUAAAAUUUUAUAUUUUUUUCUAAAUAUGGGGUCGGAGAGUUUUUUAACGAGGUAUUCUUUUUGGAUCAAUGUAAGUGUCUGAGCAACUGCGCACCUACCCCUCCCCUAACCCAGCAUUAGCCCUAGCUCAGGCGGUUGACUGUUGUUGGUUAGGGGAGGGGUAGGUGCAUAGCUGUUCAGAUACUGAUGUUGAUCCAUUUUUUUGGAUACUUCUUGAAAAUUUUGGCAAUAUAUAGAUUCUAUCAGAUUGUCUCGUAGAAUACAUUUAUGAAGCAUUCUAUUGCACUGUAAGAGAUUCUUAAAAAUCGAAAACGAAGUGGUGUACUCACGGAGUCGUUACAAAGUUCUUUGCUUAUUUGCAGUUUGAGCUUCAGCCUGUGAAUAGCGUUAUUCCAAAUGCGAAAGCGUACAUACAACAGCAGGUUUUGACCAGCGAUAUAGAGGAUCUGGAAAGCCGUUUUGAUGAUCUUCAAAACACCCAAGCUCUAGUUGAGGUAUACCUCGAAGACAAAGAAGAUGAGGGCGUUGAAGAAUUUUGCAGCGAGGUUAUGGAGCUACAACAAAAGUUUAAAGAAGCAAUUAAAGCAAUCAACAGCGUGAAUGGGCCAAAAAAAAUCAAAGAAUGUAGGGAGGCAUACAAGAAGGUUCGUGGAGGACGCGAUAUAAAGGGGAAAUUUAACCGUGAAUGGAAAAAGAUACUAAAAAAAAAGGUGAGCAAGAUGAUAAAUAAUAGCACUAAUGAUGACAAUUAAGUCUCAGAAGACGAAGACGACAUAACACCGUUAGGCGACGGUGAAGAUAGCGAUGAUGACGAUGAUGAUGACAAUGACGGCGGUAACGCUGAUGAAAAUAACGAUGGUGAUUGUAUUCACAGAGGUAAAAGUACGACCUUAUACGACCUUAGGCCACCCCCCUCUUUUUCCGUUUAGCGUUAAAUGCGUUUUCUGAUAUUGGGUCAGUCGGUCGGAUUGGAAAAAAAAAUUUUAAAAAUUAGUAGAAGUCUCUGAAUAGGAGGCUUGGUACCCUAAUAUCAUUACUGUGGAGCCUGGAAACAACAAGAAAUGAACCCAAAAUGGAUAAGGCGGAAACGCUUGUUGAUGUAAUUGUAAAAUUAGGACAACGUGGGAAAAAGGAUCAACCAGCGAAACUCCUAUGCGACAUACCAUGGUGAUGAGGAUGACGUUUAAAAUUAUCAUUAAUAUCUCAGUGGAUUAACAACGAGGAUGAAGUUAAAAGCUAAAUUUACGUAUUUGGAUUAAAAAAUCCAUAGUGUACUAUAAAAAAAUGUUCCUGCUUUUGUUCCUGUUUUUCUCUACACUGUUGUUAUUCUCCGUUUCAGAUUAAAAGAAUUAUUCAAAGUUAAAAAUGGUUUAACUACGUCGUCGUUUGGGUCGGUCGGACGAUACUACACGGAGAAAAAAAAGAGGGUGGUUUUAAAAGGGAGUGAGAAGGCUUCAGGCCAUGUCGCAUGGAGUAAAUAAAUGAUACACUUUCCAUUUACGAAAAAAAAGGAAAAUGACUGAAGUCAGGACGUUUAGUUUUCUUUUUUCCAGCUUUGAUUCGCAUCGCCUAUGAGCCUGAGAAUAAUAUUUAUCUCGUAGGCUUUUUCGUCACCUCUAAAAUUUUGAUUUCCACUGUUUUGGAACUGUAGUAUUCUUAACUAUAUUUACGUCUAUUUGAAAUUCUAACGGGUGGUUCAGUGGGGCACGGUUAGCUAAACCGAUCAAUCAUGCAAAGGGUAUCGAUUUUUCUUGAUGCACUUUGUCUUCACUGGUAGAAUAAGAGAUUGUCGUGGUGAGGCUACAACAUAUCUUUAUUCAAUUUGUUUUCUUUCACAGGAACCAAAAGCCACGAUCGAGGUGAGAAUCGUCGUCAAAACUAUAGAAGCUACAAUAAUGGUCACACAAAAUCGAUUCAAGGGGUGGUUUUGAGAGGGUGGAUCAUGCAAUCUUAGGGGCGGUAAAAGGUGGCGGGAGGUAGGGGAGGUAGCAAGGAAUCAGAUAGCAGCGUUUGAAGUGUUUGAUAUGUCAUCUAAAUCUUUUAUAAACCCAUUUGAAAUAAUUUUCACGAUUAAAUUUCGAAAUAUUCAAUCAUAUUAUUUGGAAAACCCAAAUAUUCAAUUAGAGUGAUUUUCCAAACUUAAACAGACCACCUGGUUAUGCGCACAGAUAUUUAUCCUUUUUAACACAUUUGAAAAUUAGAUGAGACUUCUUAGCGGCAGCAGAUCUGGUGCACCAUGUCUCCAAAAGCUUCAGUUUACGAUUUACUAGACUCAGUUACUUAUUGGUAGACUUGUUACUCCCUAUUCAAUGCUAAUAGGGAUCUAUCCGUCAAGGAGCGGUGCGUGCUUGUCAGAGAUCUGGGCACAGCUAAUCUCUGUUUUUCUAAUGUUCUUUUUAUCGUUAAAUGUUUUUUAAAAGCUGCCUUCAGGAGAUCCUCUGACGAUUGUUCUGUUUGGAAAGACUGGGACCGGAAAAAGCGCCACAGGAAAUUCAAUACUUGGACGUAAACAUUUCAAAGCCAGCCCAAGUGGUUCGUCUGAAACGAAAGAGUGCGAUGCAAGCAAGAGAGAAGAUGAAAGAGUGGUGACCGUGAUAGACACCCCAGGAAUCAUGGAUACGGCCCCAGUCUUUACCAUGAAAAGUAUGACGGAAAUGAUUGUUUCUCGCGGUGGGUCACAUAAGGUUAUUCUUCGAGAACUCACUAAGGUUUUUGUCAUGUCCCCUAAAGGUCUUGAUGCUAUUAUCAUCACCCUUAAUUACGGUGGCAGAUUUGGGUGUGAGGAUGCCGAAGCUUUGAAAAUAUUUAAAAGUUUUUUUGGGACUGAAGCCUUAGCUUAUAUGAUUUUAAUUCUAACACAUGGCGACCAGGCUGCCCGCAACGCAAUGGAAAGAGAUGUGAGCAUUGAAGAUGAGAAGAAAUCCUUCAUCGCUAGCUUGCCACCUUGGGUCUUACAGUUUGUGAAGGAAAUAGGAGAAAGAACAGUGCUGUUCGACAACACUUUGGAUCCCAGAGAAAAGCCUGAUGAUUGUAAGAAGCAGGUCUCCAAGCUACUUCAGGUAAAAGUCCAUUUUGAGGGCAAAAUGUGUAGGGCUAGUCGUUGUAGGUCAGCAGUUGCAUAGGUGACUAACCUUUUUGUUACUUAGUAAUGAUGUAACGUUUUUCAGGAAUAGGCGAAAGGUGAGAAUUCACUUGUCUCUAAAAAGGGACUUCAAUCCUAGAGAAACUCGAGGGUGAGCUUUCGGAUGGCCCGUUAGGUUUUCUGGAAAAGAAUUGUCGGAAAACUCUGUAUUUGGCUAAGCCACAUCAAAUGAGUAAAAUUUCUUGCAAAGUGAUCGUUCAAAGAAAGCAGUUUGCUCCUGUCACAUGAGUCUGACAUUGAAUAAGAUAAAAAAGAUAUUCACGCGGGGAAAAUGAUAUAUUUUUAAGGGGGAACUUUGAAUGCCUUUUCUGUACCUCGGAUUCUUGAUGGCUAACCCUUCUUAGGGUUAACUUUUAUCACUUUAAGUUUCCCCUUUAUUCUCAAACUUAUUUGGUUUUAGGGUUAGCUAUUGUUGUCCUUUUAAUUCCUAAGAGGGCCUGGCUUCUAAAAUCUCCUUGCAAUAUCUUACUUGAAUCAAAUGUUAAGUCCACGAGAAUGAGGGAAAAGUUCCCAUUUUAAGAGGAUCCUGGUUGACAAACAAAUUUUCCUCGUCAGCAGCAGAGUGUAUAAAUGGUCAAGAGGAAUAUAAAAACUCCCAGCCUGAGUUUUUGGACACUUCAUCAUGCAUUUCCUUUCCAGGAACUAAAUUUUUAAGGGUUUUUUGUCUCCUUCAAUUUCUUUUGCGUGUUGUAGUCUCAAAAAAAUUCAUCUGGCCUAGAGCGUAAAACGGAAUUAUAGGGGCUUGAUAGGUUGCAAUAUUUUCCUAUGUGUGGGAAUUUCGCAAAAGCGAAAUUUAAAUCCUGAAGCUCCACUAUUGAGAUACCACAUACACCUGUACGCCCUCGUGUAAGUAGUGGAAGGAACUUGAAAAAAUAUCAAGAAGUUGUUGUGAGAGGUAUUUGACUGCCUUCGGUAAUUGCAGAUAAUCAAUGUUGCGGUCGUUUCGACAUGGCACACGCAAUAUUGUUUGAUGAAGUAUAAUUUCAGACAAUCAAAUGUUCAAAGUGCGUUGCCAGAUUUCCUCGAUGUCAUUUGUUCGUUUAUUCCUCGAACAAAAUGGCUGACUAAAGCAAAUGCGUUUUCAAGUUUCUUGGAAUUUGUACCAUGUAGAAAACUAUUAACUCCCUUUCAUCCCUUAAACUUUGUGCUUCGAUUUUUUCUCUUAAGUUUAUUUGUUUUUCUUAGAUUAUUGACGAGGUGAGGAAGCAAAGAGGGCCUUUAAUACACCGCCUGACCAGCGUGUCCAAUGAAGUGCUUGAAGAACAUAUAAAAAAAGCCAUGGACGAGAGUGGAAUAACGAAGCAGGAAGAGGCUAUUUGUCAAAAAGAGGAAGAAAUCAAAAGGCUACUUGAAGACAAAGACAAAAGUGAUACAGAGAAACGUGACUUGGAAAAACGCUUCGUUAGACUAAAAAAGGAAUACGUGGAGUUGGAAGCCGUAAAGAAAAGGCUGACGGAAGAUGUAGAACACGCACAAUUUUCCGAUGGUUUGCUUGAGUCAGGACCAUUAACCGCGAUGGUGCUCGCAAAAAGUGGUAUUGGUGGUGGUACUAGAAGUGGUGGUUCUAGUAGUGAUGGUGGUACUAGUAGUAAUGGUGGUUUUUUUAGUUUUUUCGGUGGAUGUUAUCCUGGCUCAGCCAUUAUCUAUGAUUCAAACUCCCGAGCAAGGCCAAUAGAAUCUUUGCAAGUUGGUGACAAAGUCCUGACCAUUACAAAGAAUGGCAUCAAGUCCGAUACAGUUAUCACCUUCAUCCACCGUCAGCCAGAAAUUGUGGAGGAAUUUUUAAAAAUUGUCACCAAAAAAAAAAAAAUCCUCCCGAUAACUGCUGACCAUCUCCUGUUUGUGGAAUUAAUGGGCCAAGCAACAGCCAUCCCUGCCAGAGAUGUUAAGAUCGGAGACACAGUGUACGUGAGGGGAAGCCAUGGUUCAGAGAAGGAUUUAGUUCAGAGCAUCAGCACUGUCUACGAGAAAGGUGCAUACGCCCCAGUAACCCUGAGCGGCACUAUUCUGGUCAACGAUGUUCACACCUCAUGUUACUUUGAUGUUCUGUCCCAUGAGUGGUCCCACAGAGCCAUGAGCAUUGCUCGCGCUCUGCAUCACGUGUCUCCAUCGAUGAUGCGUAGGAUCAGUGCUAUUGGAGAAAAAGAUGGAUUCCCAGGUUGGUGCAGACUGGCUCACACGAUGCUGACAUUGCUUGACUGAUGAACUAGGAAUUUAACUCUUGUCAUAUUUAGAGACGCCUUUAACUAUAUAUUCACUGUAAGUGUGAUAUGGAGAGUUAAACAAGUUGGGGGAGAACAAAACCGUCUUCCAUGUUUUAGAUUCUCACAUUAAGUAGAUUAGCAGUAUUGGGUGAUGCAUAAAUUUUAAAUCAAUAACAAAGUUGAACGUUACGUAAGUGUCUAAAGCUUUAAAGCAAAAC